GGAUCUUGGAAGGAAGGCGGGGAAGAGGGGGAGCUGCCCGGCGCACGCGCAAUAUGUUUGUCUGGGGAAUUCAUGUGGAGGUCAGAGUGGCAGCAGGUGUGAGCAGGCCCAGCAGAAGGAGACAUGGCUGCCAAAGUGUUUGAGUCCAUUGGCAAGUUUGGCCUGGCCUUAGCCGUUGCAGGAGGCGUGGUGAACUCUGCCUUGUAUAAUGUGGAUGCUGGGCACAGAGCUGUCAUCUUUGACCGGUUCCGGGGAGUGCAGGACAUUGUCGUAGGGGAAGGGACUCACUUCCUCAUCCCUUGGGUACAGAAACCAAUUAUCUUUGACUGCCGCUCUCGACCACGUAACGUGCCAGUAAUCACUGGUAGCAAAGAUUUACAGAAUGUCAACAUCACCUUGCGCAUCCUCUUCCGGCCGGUUGCUAGCCAGCUCCCCCGCAUCUUCACCAGCAUCGGAGAGGACUACGACGAGCGCGUGCUGCCGUCCAUCACCACCGAGAUCCUCAAGUCCGUGGUGGCUCGCUUUGAUGCUGGAGAACUGAUCACCCAGAGAGAGCUGGUCUCCAGACAGGUGAGCGACGACCUCACGGAGCGAGCAGCAACCUUUGGGCUCAUCCUGGAUGACGUAUCCUUGACGCAUCUGACCUUUGGGAAGGAGUUCACAGAAGCGGUGGAAGCCAAACAGGUGGCUCAGCAGGAAGCAGAGAGGGCCAGAUUUGUGGUGGAAAAGGCUGAGCAGCAGAAGAAGGCAGCCAUCAUCUCUGCGGAGGGCGACUCCAAGGCAGCGGAGCUGAUCGCCAACUCGCUCACCACUGCGGGCGACGGCCUGAUCGAGCUGCGCAAGCUGGAGGCGGCGGAGGACAUCGCGUACCAGCUGUCGCGCUCCCGGAACAUCACCUACCUGCCCACUGGGCAGUCGGUGCUCCUCCAGCUGCCCCAGUGAGACCCGCACCUCCUGGGCCAUCUGGACCACAGCUCCCAUGAUGCUCACCACCACCUUCCUUCUCCCGCCCCAGAAUCACUGUGAAACUUCAUGAUUGGCUUAAAGUGAAGGAAAUAAAAGUAAAAUCACUUCGGAUCUCUAAUUACUUGAUCAGGUGAAGCUCUUUCACUCUUCUCAUUUCCAUCCCCUUUUUUGAUCCGCCUCCCUACCCAGAGUUGCCAAGUGCCUACGCAGACCGGCUUGGCUCCCGUCUUUGGGGCCUGCUUGGCGCUCCAGCCGAGGCACUGGCAGUGGGCAGAAGACAGGCAGGGCCAUGUGUGUGAUGAGCUGGGAGUCAGUGGGCGGCCUGAGUAGACUGGUAGCCUCCAGCCUAUCUUUUAUUCAUGAUUUGAGGAAGACGGCAUGCGCAGCUGAACAACAACGAACACCGGCCUCGGUUUUUUCCAGUGGUUCCUUCACAUACCCAGCUGAAGAGAGGUGCUGGGGAGGGUCAGAGAGGAAGCAAUCUGUCUCUUACCAUAGGCCGAUUCUCUUUAGCUGCGGGGCCAGCGGAAGCACGGAUUGAAGAAUCUGCCCCUGUGAGGGUGGGUGGGCUGAUUUGCUGCCCUACCCCCACCCCAGGGUCCUAAAGCUGGAAUGGACUUGGAUAAUGAGAAAGCAGGCCUGGACCAAGAUGUGAGUCCUCUGGCCUCCCUCUCCACCUCCCACCUUGGUGUCUCAAAUACCCGGCAGAUUUCCAGCUUGAAGGAUUGCAUCCGGCCGGGACUACAUGGGCCUGCCAGAGACGUGUGCAUCCGGAGUUCCUGGCUUCCCUUGUUCAGAGACUGCCCUUUCUAGAGGGCUCUGUGCCUGUGCCUUGAAGGAAACAACCACGGGAAGAAAACAAAUGUGUGUAAACUGCUAUCAAUAAACGACACCCAGAUCUUCCA